GAUGGACUAUUAUUACAGAGAGGAAGAGGGAGAGAAACCGACGGAAGAAGAGCUGUGGCUGUCUGAGGCGCAGCAUCAGCGCAAUUGGCGCUUCAUGCGACUUUGUAACAGGGAACACUGAACAGAGAAGGGAGUGAUCGCUGUGAAAGCACGUGCAUUGUGAAAGCGGCCCAGAGUGGGCAGCAAGAGCCGAAGUGCUGGUCUGCAUGAGUCGCAGGUGCGCUGUCAUCCCUCAACAAGGAGCCCAAUUGGUAGGAAGAGCAAAGUGAGGGGUGGGGUGGGGGAGUAUCUCCUUCUCUGGAUUUUCUAUCCACCGCUCCAUCGACAUGAACUUUAUCAGCGUUUGAACGUAUUGUGCUUGUCAACGUGGAAUAUACAACAGUAAAAUAAAUCGCUGGACUCACGUAAUUGGUACGAACUCCCAACUGUGGUUGACGACAAUGAGUGGAUAUGUACAACUACCGUUGAGUAGGUGUCGUGGGAGAUGUGGCGAGUGAGGGAAGAGAAAGCAACGCGGAAAGAGGAAAACGGCGAAGACCAAGCGGAGCGGAGUCGGCGCAGGCGUCGAUAGCCUCCGUCUCAUAGUUCUUCUGGCUUUUCUACCCGAGCCUAAACGAAACACACCACGACUUGCACUGAGAGGACCUGCGGUAACAACCUAGGCCAGUGGGAGGUGACUGUCAGAAGAAAUGCCGGCCCUAGGUGCCCUAGUACAUCACCACCGGAACCAUGGCAACUCAUUGGCCUAUGAGAAAAGAGGAGUGCUCCCAUGGAUCUGCCUUUCCUGCUAGAUGGUCAGCAUCCUCCUUGAUGCUUCUAUGGUUGUCGUGGGUGUUCUUAUGGCUGCUGUGGCCCAUCCGAGCUGAACAAGCAGCCAGCGGGGGGCACGUGGGCAAACCGCUUCACAGUUCACUGUCGUCCCCCUCGGCAUCUUCCUCCUCCUCCAGUUCCUCUGCAUGGGGCUUCAGCACAAGGCAGAGUGGGGGGCAGUUGGACUGGCUGCUGUCAGAAAAGGGACCGUUCCACCGCUGCCCUGAGUACACAGAGUUCAGAGAGAGGUUCCAGCAGGGAUUUUCUACCAGAUACAAAAUUUACAGCACACCAAACAACAACGAUAAACUAUAUAUACUCGACUGGUCAAUCUCCCCCAUCAUCCAUCCAUCAUUAGCCUAUCAUCCAUCUCAUCACUUGAUUCAGGUGUGGACAAUGCAUCGAUCAUGCAGGGAAUUCAGCCACUGGAAGGUAAACAGCCUGGCUACAGAAAAGAGGGACAUCUUUAAAGCUCCGUUGCCCUUGGCACCUGAGUUCCUACGUAACCUCCGAUUACUUGGGCGACGGCCAACCUUGCAGCAAAUCAACGAGAACCUCAUUAAGAAGUAUGGAACGCACUUCCUGGUGUCUGCUACCCUAGGAGGGGAGGAGUCCUUAACCAUUUUCCUGGACAAGCAAAAGCUAAAUAAGAAGUCAGAAGGCGACAGCAACAGCACUGUGCUGUCACUGGAGGUACUCCAUCAGCUAGCAGCUUCAUACUUCACAGAUCGAGAAAGCACCCUAAGGAGACUGCACCACCUCCAGAUCGCCACUUCAGCAAUUAAGGUAACUGAAACAAGGACGGGUCCUCUCGGCUGCAGUAACUAUGACAGCUUGGAUUCAGUUAGCUCAGUGUUGGUGCACAGUCCAGAAAAUAAGAUCCAUCUAAAAGGCCUGCAAGAUGUCCUGCCUGAGUUUCUGCGUGGGCGUUUUGUGGAGGCGGCCCUCAGCUACGUGGCAUGUAACUCUGAGGGGGAAUUGCUCUGCCGCAACAAUGACUGCUGGUGCCGAUGCUCUUCUCGGUUCCCAGAGUGCAAUUGUCCCUUUGCUGACAUAAAGGUUAUGGAAGACAACCUGGAGAAAAGCAGAGAGGCUUGGAACAGUUUCAACCAAGACUUCACUGAAUCGGAUGAAUUCAAAGGCUUCCUAAAAAGGUUGCCCACUGAUCAAUUCUUGAAUAUUUCCAUGAUUGCCAAGUACUGGUCAGCUGACAUGUCUCUCCAAAAGCGCUAUACCCAUCUCAAGACAAGUACAGCCUUUGUGCUGGGAAAAGCUCAGAAGAUUAUCAGAAAGCUGUUCACCCUAAGCAAACGAUGUCCAAAACAACCUCGAAUCAAUCUCCCUCGAGAAAGAUCAACUGCCUUUUGGUUGAUCAAGGCUCAGUCACUGCUCUACUGCAAUGACCACGGAAUGCUUGGCUCUUUCUCUGAGGAGGUCAGGAGUUGCAGCUGCCCCGUGGAACAACCAACUUGUCAGGGUGCCAUUCCCUGCGUUGUUGGCCACUCCUUUACCUCCUGCUCUGCUUGUGCCGCGGACAACAUAACCCGCUGUGGAUCCUGCCACCACGGCAAUUUUCUACACCUUGGUUCCUGUCGGCCGAGCAUCGCCACGUCCCUGGACCACUAUCUGAAUUUUGAUCUCGACAUGCCAGAUUCAGAGGUGAAGUACCUACUUCAGCAGCUUGACAGCAGGAUUGAAGUCCAUGCCAUUUACAUUAGCAAUGAUGUCCGUCUGGGAAGUUGGUUCAAUCCUGCAUGGAGAAAGAGGAUGCUGCUUACCCUCAAGAGUAAUAAAAACAAGUCAAAUCUUAUCCACAUGUUGAUGGCCAUGACCUUCCAGAUAUGCUUAACCAAGAAUUCAACACUUGAACCAGUGCCAGCAAUUUAUGUAAAUCCUUUUGGCGGAAGUCACUCAGAGAGUUGGUUCAUGCCAGUGAACCAGCCUGACUUCCCCAACUGGGAGAGAACUCGACUAGACGCUGUGACCACUGCACAAUGUUACAACUGGACUUUGUCACUGGGGAACAAAUGGAAGUCCUUCUUUGAAACCGUACACAUCUAUCUGAGAAGCCGCAUUGUUACUGAUGAUCCAACAGUGAAUGAAACUCUCUUCUAUGAACCUUUGGACAUGGAUGACCAGAUAUCAAACCUGGGCUACAUGAAGAUCAACACUCUGAAAGUUUUUGGUUACAGCAUGCACUUUGACCCUGAGGGCAUUAAGGAUUUGAUACUCCAGCUGGACUACCCAUAUACACAGGGUACACAGGAUGCUGCCUUUUUUAUGUUGUUGGAGAUGAGGGAUCGCGUUAACAAGUUGGCCCCACCAGCGCCACAGCCACUUGAUCUGUUUUCUUGUCUUCUGCGACACCGACUCAAGUUGUCAGCAGGUGAGGUGGUGCGAAUCAAAGAAGCUCUUCAGAUCUUCAAUUCAAAGCUCCCCAAUGCCUCUCCUGAACUUGAGCUGGGUCAGCUCUGCAGCUAACUAUCUUAAAAUUCAAGACAGAAUUUAAGUGUCCAUUGAAGGAGAUUCAGUUACAUUAUUGGCAUGAGCAACGUGGCUCCUGGUAAACCUUAGACCACAUCUGGAACAAUAUUUUACAAGCAUGAGCUAUGAAAAUGACAGUCUCUUUGAUAGUUUUCCAGUGUGGCUUGUAAUCUGGAGGGUUAUGACUAUAAAGACGAUAAGAGACCAACUAUUGAGGAAUGUUCUACAUCUUUGGGAGAACAUGAAGUUCAAGUGCUCGACUGAACUUGCCUGGAGGCUUACAUAUGCUUUUACUGCCUUUGUUUUGGCAAACUGGAUGACAGCUGGGGGACUCAACAAAGUAACUUGGCCUUUGUCUUGCAAAGAGAGUUAUGAUUUAAAAUUUAUAGAGAAACUCUUGAGGGAUCAAUGUUAAUGAUCAAAUAAAGAAUGAUCACCCUUUCGUAACCCUAUUUUCUUUGGUUAUGGAACAAUCUAGAGAAGAGAAUAGUGGAUAAAAUCAAAUGUGCAUUGAACAAUGUUAUGCUUAAAUUUUGAUAACCCCAACCUUGUUACUAUCAUUUAA